AUGGGAUCAGAUCAAGGGUUUUCACGGUCGGAUACAUUAGAGAUUAAAGCUCUCAUUUUUCGAGAAAUCGGGAAUCAAAGAGCUGAGAGUUACUUUGAUCAGCUUGGAAGAUUCUUUGCCUUAAGGAUCACAAAGUCUGAAUUCGACAAGUUCUGUAUCAAGACGAUUGGUAGGCAAAACAUUCCUCUUCAUAACCGUCUCAUUCGUUCCAUCAUUAAGAACGCUAGUGUUGCCAAGUCUCCACCUUUGAGAUAUUCGAAGAAAGGUGGGAACUUUGUUGGUAGAUUCGGUCAUGGGAACUCAAAGAGUAGUCAGAUUCAGCCGCAUUAUGCGGAUUCUGCGUUCUCUCCUUCGACUCGGAAAUGCAGGUCGAGAAAGUUUAGAGACCGGCCGAGUCCGCUUGGUCCACUUGGGAAGCCUCAGAGUAUAACUACAACAAAUGAGGAGUCGAUGUCGAAGGCACAAAGUGCUACUGAACUGCUUUCUCUAGGAAGUAGACCUCCCGUGGAAGUUGUAUCUGUGGAAGAAGGAGAAGAGGUUGAACAAAUCGCAGGAAGUCCAAGUGUCCAGAGCCGGAGUCCUGUCACUGCUCCGCUCGGUGUUUCUAUGAAUCUUAGGAGCGGAAUCACUAGAAAGUCUAUCUCCAAUGUAUCUAAAUCUUGCAGUAGUUUCAACCGUGAGAGUUGUCAGAGCAGCGGUGAACUACCCGAUACAAGAACUUUGAGGAGUCGGCUAGAGAAAAGAUUGGAGAUGGAAGGGCUGAAGAUAUCUAUGGACUCUGUUAGUCUUCUUAAUAACGGAUUAGAUGCGUUUAUGAGAAGACUGUUCGAACCUUGUUUGAGUUUGGCUAAUACUCGAUGUGGGAACAAACGAGCGAGAGAGAUGAAUUACCAGCACACACAGCAAAACCACAGAAGGCUUUCAUAUGUAUCGAUGUCUGAUUUUUGUGCUGGUAUGGAGUUGGAUCCUCAGAUUCUUGGUGAAGACUGGCCUAUACAUAUGGAGAAGAUAUGUUCCCGUGCUUCAGACGAGUAA